CGAAGCUCUUCGAACGGCAGGCAGACCAGCACACUCCACGAGUCCUCGGAGAUGCCUUGCUUCAGACAUGCCACAAUCAUGCUGGCCUGCAUUCACCCUUACGACUUAAAGCGGCCUGGAUUCCUUCCGCGAGCAACUCCCCACUGAAGCUAUCACAGUGCACCUGUGAACUCUGCCGACCUCAUCAAAGUGCGCCUGUCGCUCCUGUCUGCGAGCUUAGACGCAGAACUAUCAGUGCCAACGACGGGCUUUACAGACGAUCUUCGGACGUGUCCACCUGUGUGCAUUGCUUCGAUUCUGCGACGAUGAGGCUGACGUAUGACGUUCUCUUCAUUAUACUCGAGACGCAAAGUCUUCAAGACCGCAUUCAUGACCUCUCCUCAAUGUCUCGAGCAUGCCGAACGCUCCGAAUUCAGGCCAUAAAACACUUGCUUGAUCACGACGUUACGUUGCGCGACGCAAGAGACACCCUGUCCUUCGCACUCUUCAUGCUUGGCGACGAGGACCGCCGCUUCCCUCUCCUUCGUCGGUCGCUGUCGAUUAGGACCGGGAAACUCUCCGGUCGGGCAGCCCUUGCGCUUUUCGAGCUCGUCUCGAGAAUCUGGUCGCUAGAGCGCCUCGUAUUGACGAAUGCCGAUCAGAUCCUCGCAUCCGACGCCAGGCUCCCACGCGCCCUUGCGUCCCUCACCUGUCUCAAGCACCUCGACUUCCACGCGACGCAGGACUCCAACAACUCCGACUGCGUCUACUUCUUCAAGCGCAUGCAGUCUCGACUCCUCACCGCUUCUCUGCACCUCCCUUCCCCCAUCCGGCGUUUCAUGAAUGGCCGCCUCAACUGCGAGCUCGUCGACCCUAUACGCCUUCUCCGAAACUCUGCAGACACACUAACUGAGCUCCACGGGUGCAACUUCGAGGCUCGGCGCUCCCACGACCUCGUCUAUCCACACCUAAAGCGACUCAACGUCCAUCUGGGUCUCAUUCCGCUCAUCGCGCCGUACAUGGUCUCCUUCCCGAACGUCACUUCCGUCGAGGUGACAUGUGGAGCUGCGUUCGAGCCGAGCACCGUACCGUCCUUCAGCUUUAUGAACGAAGAUGGUCAGAUGAACAUCAAGCCUUGGUCCGCAUUGGAGGAGCUUGUGGGGAACUUGACAGACAUCUACGUCCUUGCUCUUCGUUGCACAGUCACGACACUCCGUGUCAAGGCUUCAGGGAGACAUCGCAUCUUGUCAUAUCUGGCAGAAGUCUUGUCGCACGCUAGACCGACUCAUCUGCUACUGGAGGUGGAGUCGCCAUCAUUCUGCUUGGAGAGCGAUGACAGCUUGAUGUCCGUGUUCCGGCACGGAGAUGCUCCCCAGAGCAUCCGAACGUUUGUAGUGCGCAUCGUCCUCCAAGGGGAGGAUUGCAAGGCUGAUCUGGACGAUCUCUUCGUCCGCGUAAUCGAGACGAUCAAGCCUCUCCCUCUCACCUCCUUCAAGGUGCAGAUCCUCCACGAGAGCCUAGACCUGGAACCCGACGACCGGGAUGGCCUGCAGGAUCUUGAAUCAGCGCUCGCCCCAUCGCCUAGCGCGCGAGUGGCGCAAGAAGGAAAUUUCUGCCUCCUAGAGGCGAAACUCCGCGAAUGGGAUGCUACACGUCACGUAGACUAUGUCCGACAAGCAUGUCCGUUGUUGAAGCAGUUGACAGUGGAAGAUUUGGGCUGCUCCGUGGUUCCCUGGCCGCUGCUUUCUGUGCGUUUCUAGUGUGCGCCGGGAGGGUAUAGAGCGGCUGCAGAUGAGUAGUAUGAUAUGUUAGUCGCAAUGACAGCCUGUGUAUAGAGUGUGAACCUCGUAAUCUAUCCAUCUUCU